AUGGGGCGGCGAGCAUAUCUCAAUCGGCUGGCUCUGGGCCGGUCUCCUUACGAAGCUCCUGAGCGCCCUGCGAGUUCUGCGGUGAACCCAGGAAAUGUCACACAGCGGACAGUAUCAGGCUUACAUGCGGACGGAUACGUCCAGCAUUAUGAUGAAAGAGGCCAUCCAAUCAACCCCCAAUCUAAGUCCUUUGGCAGGGAACUCCGUAGGGCCAAGAAUGACAUCCUUUCCACAAUGGGGAUUGUUGUCAGCGAAGAUGGUAAUGUUAGUGGCCCAAGCGAACAGCAGAAGCUCGAUAUCAUAGCUGCGGAAAACGACUAUGGGUUGGUUAUGGCCACUCUGGACCAAGUCUCAAUCUUCCUUGGUUCUUGGUGGACCUCUUCUCUUCUGGGUCGGGUACAGACCUUCAAGAGCUAUACGCGGCUGCCCCUGUUGAGCAUAGUCCGUCUUGAGCGCUCUGCCUACGGAAUAUGGGGCUUCUAUUUUGCCGGGAUCCCAGCAUGGGCUAAUUUGUUCCCGGAAGAUGACGUGGGCUCGAGACUUAUACGGGCAUUGUUGAAUGUCGUAUAUUCAGCGGGAAGAGGAACCAUGCUGGUCCUGGCGAUACAGACGUACAUGUAUUCCCUCUUACAAUCCCUUCACAUCGUUCCUGCUCACUCUAUGCCCGGGAUACGCUUCUUUCUGCCCUUUGGAGAGCUAGCUUCAAUGCAGCUACCCAAUUUACCCACAGACCUGUCUAUCGAGUCUCUUAGCGGAUUCCUACUGGGCCUUCUAAAAACCCCGUCUUUACUCGUGUACCUAUCGGUAUGUCUACGCCCAGUAAUCGAGGUAAGGCUUUAUAGAUUUAUUCGGCGAAGACUGCCCAAGCCUAUCUACGCGGACGAACUCUCUGUGAAAGUGGCGUACGACAAUGAUCUUAUCGACUGGAUGAUGCCAGCUCUCGGACGUCGAUCAGAGGAAGAGAACCGUCGCAGUAAUCUCUCCUUCACGGAAGACUUGAUGUAUGAGCUAGGCUUCUUUCGAUCAUGGGUGCUAUCCUGGUUUGGCCUCAAAUCACUGCGCACGGCACGAGCGUCGGAGCAAGCAGCAGACGCUCGUCGUAGACGAGAGUGGCUGGAGUCCCUUCCUCAAAGCAUAGAGCAGUUGCAGCAUGAGCGGCAAUCCAGAACCCGUCGACCACGAAGACGGUCAUCCGAGUCCCCGUUUACAAAUGGGCAUAUCCAUCAUGACCCAACACGUUCUGAUACUCCAAAUCGAGGCUCGAUCGAUCAAACAGCUGAUUUAGGAGCUGGCUUCGGUGGUAACCAAGUCCUUGCCAAUGAGGAAAACCGUAUGUCUCAGUCGCCAACUGAAAUGAGUAGUGGCGACCUCGCGGAAAUGGCUCCUUUACGGAGGGCAGGGACAUUACCUCCACCAGACGACAACUCGCCAGCUCUACCAAACGGAGAGUCACGGCGUGGUGAUGCAGGCGAGAAUAACCGGAACUCGCGGUCAAAUACGCUUUUCUCCCGUCCAUCAUCACCUGCGACCUCUUCUCCAGCUUCACCCCGGGUCCGGGCUUCUCUUAUCCAUCAAAAUUCCGAUGUCAUCACAAUGCAGCUGGAGCUUUUGGGAAACCGCCGCCCUCAGAACCAAGGACAGGCAACUGCACGACCUCAAAAUGAAGCCUCUCAACUCCCAUCCAAUGGCGAGGUGGUAGACGGGCAAACGAUUUCUGAAUUCCUUGAUAGCCUUUUGUCCAACCAGGGCAGGAAUUUAACCACGGUUGUUAAUUCGGAUAAUAUGGAUAGUGAUGGGCUCUCCAAUAUGACCACGAGCGCAUCGCCUAUGCCUAUCAGUGACAACCUUGGCUCGGCCUCUCCGAGUAACAUUCAAAGUCUCGAGCCACAACGGCCACCUGCUGAAGCUCCUACGUCAAAUCCGGUGAAUAUCCUGCCUGAGAGCAUAGAGGAACCAUCACCUGGUGACACACUUCAUCAAUCACCCGAAGCAGAGCGAGCCCAUGAGAAUGACUUUGAUUCCGAGAUAUUUCCCCGAAUUUCCGACCCUAAUAUUCGUCAAAAUAUGGUACCUAGUGGAACCGCCACUGCAAAUCGGGUGACCAUUCUCUCCUCUCACCCUGUCGACUCGUUAGCAUCGCAUCUAGCGUCUAUACUAACAAACGUUAUGUUCAUACCCCUCGAAUCCCUCUACCUGCGGUCCCUUGCUGCGUCAUAUCUGCGGUCUACUCACGCUCCUACCGCUCUCCGAGCUGAUGUCCGAGGGUUAGGAGAUUGGAGUUUGACACCACGAUCAGACAUGUUGUCAUACCUUGGAAAGAUCGCCCUCAUAACUGGAAUACAAGCUGCCGUGAAUGCCACUGUCUGGGGUGUCAUAUCUGGUGCCGCCAUCAAGAUCGGAAGAAGGUUUUGCGGCUGGGGAACCCUAUGA